AUGGCAUCACAAUCACCCAAUAAAAGUGCAAAGAAACUCCAAUUUAAACAGAAAAUCCUUUCAACGAUCAGUGGGAAUAAAAACCAAAUUAGUAAAGCUAUCAUGGAAUCAAACCAACCAGUCUCCGUGGGCAAACAAACGAGGCCAAACUCUCGCUUAAGGCGAAUUGAAGAAAAGAUGAGAGCUGCUGAUUUAGAAAUUGAUUCUGACUCUGAUAGCAGUAAUGACGGAUGGGAUACUGAUCUUGAUGAUGUGGCUUCAGCAUCUGAAGAAGAAUAUGAAGAUCCAUUAAAAGCAAUGUACAUCAACGAAUGUAAAAAGAAGGGCAUGACUCCAGUAUCCCACUAUGUACGGCACUUUACCGAUAAAGGUCUCCAUCUUAGCCAUUUAGGCCUGGGAUCUCGAGAUAUCAAAAUUCUUGCUCAAAGUCUUGUGGAAAAUACUGCCACGGUUAAGCUAGAUCUACAGGAUAAUCGUCUCGAAGGAGAAGGAGCUGUUGCUAUCGCCAAUAUGAUGAAAGAAAAUACCACAAUUAAAGAAAUAAAUUUAGCCGAAAACAGAAUUCGAAGUGAAGGAGCCAAUGCUGUAGCUGAAAUGCUUCUUUAUAAUACAGAGAUGCUCUCCCUGAAUGUUUCAGGAAACGAUUUUGAAGACAACGAUGCAGAGAUAUUAUCGGAACCCAUUAUGAUUAAUUUCCACCUACAGACACUUAAUUUAAGCCAUAAUAAGUUUUCCAUUAUUGGCGGCCAAUUCUUAGGGAGUGCAAUAGCUCAAAAUGAUGGAAUCGAAGAUUUAGAUUUAAGUUGGAAUCAUCUACGGAAAAAAGGUGCACAUGCAAUCGCAAUCGCUUUAAGGAGUAACGUUAGGUUAAAAUAUUUAAACUUGUCUUGGAAUGGUUUUGCUGAUGAUGGGGCAGCCAUCAUGGGUGAAACAUUAAAAUAUAAUAAUACCCUCCUAGAGUUGGAUCUCAGUAAUAAUCGUAUAGGAGUCAAGGGAGCAAAGGCUUUAGCUCUUGGUUUAGCAGUCAAUGACACCAUUAGAGUUAUAAAAAUUGGCAAGAAUCCAAUUUAUGCCGAAGGUUGUUGUUCGAUCCUUGAAGCCAUAAAUCGCAAUCCUCGAACGGUUAUUGUAGACAUAGAAAUGCAGGAUAUUCUUAUUGAUGACGUUUGUGGAAAGAUACUAGAAGAAAUAACUAAAAAAUUUCCCACGAUUAAAAUCACUCAUGGCGGUUUUUCCAAUAACAGCGGUCUUAAAAGUAUUAAAGUUGAUCCAAUGGCUGUUUUACAAGAAUAUAUCGAAAGCCAUAACUUGAGAAUUAUUGAUUUAUUUAAUCGAUUCGAUCGUGAUAACAGCAGAACUGUGGAUAAACGAGAGUUCUUGGAUGGUAUGAAGACUUUGGAUGUGCCACUGACUAAAGAUCAAUUGCUAGAGCUGGUUGAUAGGCUAGAUGCUGAUGGUGAUGGUCAAAUUGCAUACGGAGAGCUAGUAUCAUCAUCUCGAGGCAUAUUGCUUGAUAAACGAACGAUUAAGAAGAAAAAGCUGGCUGCUGAUAAAGAAAUUGAAGAAUUAGCCAAACAAGCUGAUACAACGUCCUUAAGUCCAGUUAUAAGAUCUAAUUCAACGUCAAGAAAAUCGAUUGUAGCUGCAAUAGCUGAAUUACAAGAUAAAGGCCUAUUAGCGCCUAAUGCAAGUAUAACUCAUGGAGCUCACGGGGCUUCUUUGAGUCCUAGAAAAUCGAUAGCUAAAUUGGAAGGCAUAAACAAAAGCAAAGCUCUUGCCUCUCCACAACCCAGAUCUAUUUCAGUUGUAUCAAAUAAAAGUAAUUAUUCCAAAUAA